GUACUGUCUAGACUGGCACCUUCAGCGUCAUCGUCGCCGAAUUUAGUUUGGCACGCGACUCUCCAUUUACAUCGAAUUUAUACAUUUCUUACAUUUGGCUUCCUAACAAAUAUAUACGCACUUUAGGAAUUGCGCGUUAAGCAUCCCAUCAUUUUGGGAAUUGCUCAUUCCUCUUGUUUCCCCCUUUCAAGGAAAUGCUGUGGAGUAUCUUCAAAUCUAUACGUGGACGGUGACUGGCAGCCAUCGCAACAAUGACCCCAAGGAACGAUACUUUUCAACAAGGAGGCAUUUUAGGGUCCGUAGCAAGGUUCUGGACUCAUUCAUAUGCGUCCGACUAUGCAGGCUUCGCAGGCCUAUUAACGGCCUACCUUCUGACCCAAUUUCUAGUCGAACCCUUCCAUCGCAUGUUCUAUAUCAACAACCUCAACAUCUCCUUUCCCCACGCCGAAGUCGAACGAGUACCCGUAUGGCUAAACUUCGUUUACGCCCUCUUCGUCCCCCUCGGAAUCGUGUUACUAUACAACAGCCUUACUCGAGCCUCAUUUCACAAACACCACAGCACCAUUCUAGGCCUUGCUAUUGCCCUUAUCCUAAGCUCAUUCCUUACCGACAUCGUUAAAAAUAUGGUUGGUCGCCCCCGACCAGACUUGAUCGCUCGAUGCAAGCCGGCUGUGGGUACCAAGCCCAAUAUUUUAGUGACGAUCGAUGUUUGUACCGAAACGAACCAUCAUACGCUUCACGACGGCUGGCGUUCCUUUCCUUCGGGGCACUCUAGCUUCUCCUUUAGCGGCCUCGGAUACCUUGCUUGCUUCUUAGCGGGCCAAUUGAGAAUAUUCCGCGACAAGAAGGAUUUGGGUCGGUCGUUAGUCUGCCUUGCACCAUUGAUUGGAGCAGCUAUGAUAGCUAUAAGCCGCUGUCAGGACUACCGUCACGAUGUAUAUGAUGUUUGUGUGGGGUCAGUAUUGGGUUUUACAGUCGGAUUCUUUAGUUAUCGUAGAUACUGGCCACGACUAGGUAGCCGAGAGUGCGAUGAGCCAUAUCCAACUCCUGGUAUAGAGGUGGAAGAUGGGGACGGGUGGAGGAGAAUUCGGGACGAGGAGGAAGGUGGCCCUAUUAUAGGGCGAAAUGUUGGGUACGAGAUGAAUAACUCGAGAGAGGAUCAAGGCUAACUUAUAUUUGCUAGAUAAUUGGAAAUUGAACAAGAUGACGAUAUAAAAUUGGAAAAAGCAGGCCUUAGUUUGCGUAGCGAUAUAUGAUAUUAUAACUAGAUGGUUAUUUCGGAUAUCUCUGUGGUGUAAGGUUGCGUCAAAGGCACGUACAUGUAGUCAAACAUUUGAAUACAAUAAUCAAGUUGGGUAAGGCUAAUUCAGAGUUACUUGCGACAUGAUGCAUUUAGGUAGGUAUCAGAAUUUACAGAUGGCCACCUAACAAAUUCAAACAUUGGGAUACCAGGCUCAGGCAUUUGAAAGUCCUAAGGUUGUUUGAGCAAUGUACUUUGGUACUACCUAUAUGUACAUAUGUAGGACUUUUUAAAAGAUUAGUAUAUGUAGUUACAAUGUGGAUAAGAGUAAAGGUACUUUAUGCAUAACUUGCUCUAUGCCUUCCUGUUAGUCAAAAAUGAAAAAUGAUACAACUGAUGCAGGC